ACAACAGGAGACUGGAAACUGUAGUCUGCACUGACUCCACAAGAUGGCGCCCGAGCUACAAAAAGAAAACCUGAUGGAAACAAAGCCCAGAGGGAAAAGAGACGUUACAGCCUGUACUGUAUUACAGACAAGAUUUAAACAGUUCACAGCAUAAUGGGAACAGAUAGAAGUGACAUAAUCUUAUACAGUAGGUUUCUGUUGUUACAUAUAGAAUGGAAAACGGAGAUUAAUUAAAAAGUCGGUCUCAAUACUGUAAGCCUACUCAACCUGUUGAAUUGAAAUGUCGAUGGUUGAGAUUCCGCUCUCCUCCUCUCUUUCCCCUCCCAUAUUUUUUCUCAGCUGUUUUUACUCUGUUUCUAUCAUCGAUCGGCGGCAAGCGAUGGAAUAUCAGCAGAAUUUAAACCAAACCAAAAGUAAAGACAAAAUAAAUAAAACAGAAUCGAGUUUUAUAGAUCAAUAACAUAGAUUCUUCAACAGCACGUUUGACAUCAGUACUGAAAAUGUUACCACUCGUCCUCAGAAACUCUGACACUGCCAGCUCUAGGCCCAUGACUUCAGGUUGUUAAUGCAGCAGUUGGUCUUCAGUUGAAUCAGUGUCUGAUGUGUCCAGCAGAGUGACAUCAUGGCGACUGCAGCAUCUGAUCGUCUGCAUCCCUUGAGGCGCAGGAACAGCAUUAAGUCCCUGCCACCACACAUGUCUGAGCUGAGGGUUGUUCUGCUGGGAAACAGCUGCUCUGAGAGGAAUUCAGUUGGAAACUUAAUAAUGGGAACACCUGUGUUCAGCACUGAAGAAGAAGCAGACUAUUGCCAGAGAGUCAAAGGACAGUUAAAAGGGAAACACAUAGUUCUCGUCAACACCCCAGAUCUACUGCUUCCUGACAUCUCUGAACACAAACUGACAGAACAUGUAGAAACCUGUGUGAGACUCUGUGAUCCUGGACCUCAUGUGUUCCUGCUGGUUCUACAGCCUGAAGACUUCACUGAGGAACACAAUCUGAGGCUCUGCAGAGUCCUUCAACUCUUCAGUAAUCAAUCAUUUGAUCAUUCACUGGUUCUGAUAUCAACAUCAACAUCCAGAGAGGAGAGGGCAGGUUGGAGAAGACAUGAAGACCUGAUCAGAAAAUGUCAAAACAGGCACCUGAAGCUAAAGAAUCUUGAACAUUCAGAGCUGUUAAUACACUUGGCACUAGUUGUAAAUAAGAACAAUGGACAGCACGUUUGCUAUAAGAGAUCUGUGGACACAACAAUAACUUUACCAGGAGGUCACCAAAGGCCAAAACAAAAACAAACACAGAUUCCUGUCUCAGAGGCUGUUAAAGCUGCUGCAUCAUUCAGGAUUGUGCUACUGGGGAAGAGUGAUGACAAAAAGACAGAACUUGGUAAUUCCAUCAUCACAGACCAAGUUUUUCAUCAUCAAAAACAUUCUCCAACCAGUCAUUGUGUGGCCUCCUCUGGAGAGUGGAGAGGAAAACCAUUAACAGUGGUGAAAACUCCAGACUGGUUCAGUCUGUCUGAGGAAGCAGUGAGAAAAGAAGUGAAGAGCUGUGUGAGUCUUUGUCGUCCUGGACCAAAUGUUCUGCUGCUGUUAGUGAAACCUUCUGAUUUCACUGAGGAGAACAGAAAAACACUGAAGUUCAUCCUGAGUUUGUUUGGUCAAGAUGCUUUUAGAUACUCAAUGGUCGUCAUGACACAUGAGGGGAUCGGAAUGAGUGACUCUGUUAAUGAACUCCUUAAAGACUGCAGAGGAAGACACUACAAGAUGUUGGAAGAUAACCAUGAAGCAUUAAUGGAGAAGACUGAAGAAACUGCAAGUGAACACAUCAAACCAUCUUUAAACCUGGUUCUGUGUGGGAGGAGAGGAGCAGGGAAGACUUCAGCAGCCAAGGCCAUUUUAGGUCAGACAGAGCUUCAUUCAGUCUCCACCUCAUCAGAGUGUGUUAAACAUCAGGGAGAGGUGUGUGGACGUUGGGUUUCCCUGGUAGAGCUGCCUGCCUUGUAUGGAAAACCUCAGGAGGCAGUGAUGGAGGAAUCAUUCAGGUGUAUCUCCCUCUGUGAUCCUGAGGGCGUCCAUGCCUUCAUCCUGGUCCUACCUGUGGGUCCCCUCACUGAUGAAGACAAGGGAGAGUUAGAGACCAUCCAGAACACAUUCAGCUCUCCAGUCAUUGACAUCACCAUGAUUCUGUUCACUGUGGAGUCAGAUCCUACAGCUCCAGCUGUUGGUAACUUUGUAAAGGAAAACAAGAACAUCCAGGAGCUCUGUCAGAGCUGUGGAGGAAGAUCUGUUGUUGUCAACAUCAAGGACAAACAGCAGAUCCCAGAGCUGUUGGAUGCUGUGGAAAAGAUGAGACAUAGAGGAUCCAGAUCAUUCACAAAGGACAUGUUCACCAAGGCUCAGAUUGAGAGGGUUUCAAACCUCAAAGCUGAACUUCAGGGUGUGAAACAGAGGAGUCAGAUGGGAGAUGAUGAUAAAAAUCAGAGCAGAGAGCCUCUCAGGAUGGUGCUGAUUGGACGGACUGGCAGUGGGAAGAGUGCAACUGGAAACACCAUUCUGGGAGAAGAACAUUUUAAAUCUAUAGUCUGCACAAUGUCUGUGACCAAGUUUUGCCAAAAAGCAUCAGCAGAGAUUGAUGGACGGCCUGUUGUUGUGGUUGACACCCCCGGCUUAUUCGACACUUCUCUGUCCAAUGAUGAAAUUCAAGAGGAACUCGUGAAAUGUAUCAGCCUGUUGUCUCCUGGACCUCAUGUGUUUCUACUGGUUCUGCAGAUCGGACGAUUCACACAGGAGGAGAAAGAUUCAGUCAAACUGAUUAAGAAAUAUUUUGGCAAGAAUUCAGGAAAUUUCAUCAUCAUUAUAUUCACCAGAGGAGAUGAUCUGAAGAAUACAACUAUUGAGAGUUACAUAGAAAACAGUGAUAACUUUGUAAAAAAACUGAUCUCUGACUGUGGAGGAAGAUACCAGGUCUUCAAUAACAACGAGACAGACCGCACACAGGUCAGAGAGCUGAUGACAAAGUCCAACAACAUGGUGAAGGAAAAUGGCGGCAGCUGUUACACCUCAGAGAUGUUCCAAGAAGCAGAGGCAGCGAUACAGAAGGAAGUGAAGAGAGUCCUGAAGGAGAAGGAAGAAGAGAUGAAGCAGAAGGAGGAGGAACUGAGAAGAAAACAUGAGGAAGAAAUGGCAGCAGUGACGAGAAAAAUGGAAGAACAGAAGGCAGAAAUUGAAAAGGAGAGAGUCAAACAACUUAAAGAGAUGGAAGAAAACAUCAACAAAGAACGUGAGGAGAGAGAGAAAGAACAGGAAAAGAGAAGAAAGGAGGACAGAAAGAGAAGAGAGCAGGAAGAAAUUAAAAAACAGGAGUGGGAGCAAAAACUUAAAGAUCUGGAGAAAAAAAUAAAAUCUGGACAGAGCAGAGAGGAGAUGAGAAAACAACAAGAGAACUGGGAAAAUGAAAGAAAAGAGUGGUGGGAAAAACGACAUCGAGAAAAUGAACAGAGACGACUGAAAGAACAAGAAAGACUGAGAAAGCUGCAAGAAGAAUAUGAACAGGAAAGAGAAAGAUAUGAAAACCAAAGAAAAGAAGAAGAACGAAUCAGAAGACAUGAAGAGCAGAAAGAAAGAAAAGACUUAGAAGAAAACUAUAAGAAAAAACUGGAGGAAAUGAAGAAGAAACAUGAAGAGGAGGCUAGAAGACAAGCUGAAGAAUUCAAUGAGUUCAGGCAGAAAUACACCAAAGACUUUACAGCGUUGUUAGAUAAACACAUGGAGGAAAUAAAGGACCUGAAGCAAAGACAUGAGAGACAGAUGGAAGAGACAGAAGAGAAACACAACAAAGAGUAUAAACUGUUAGGUGAGCUCUCGAGCUACAAGGAGAAAUAUCUAAAGGAAGAAAUGGAGGAGUUGAAGGAAAAACAUGAAGAAGAUAUAAAAAAUUUGAAAAAGAAAUACAAAGGUAGAUGUACCACCUCCUGAUCUGUGAUGCAGGUUUCAGUAAUUAAUCUUCAGCUCCUGAUGAGACAGCAGCUCAUUACAGUCAGCACUGGGACUGAGCUCUUGGCAGAUCAUGAUCAUGUCCAUAUACAGUGUGUCCCUCCAUUCUCAUCUGAUCUGAUAUUAUUUCUUAAAAGGAUCAGUGUGUGGGAUUUAGUGGCAUCUAGUGGUGAGUUUUCACAUUGCAAUCAACUGAAACCUCCCUCCUUUUCCAAGUGUGUAAGGAGGAUGAAAUCAAAUCAUGACUAUUAUAUGCAGUCUCUCCUGGUAGAUCCUCCUGAAUCCUUCACACUGGUCCUUUAACAUGACCUCCUCGUCCACAAUGAUGCAUCCUGUGUCUCCUCCCUGAUGAUAGAAACAUGCUAAAUAUUGUAUUGUUCUUCAUGUAGCACCAACUGAUAAUCAGGAAAUCAAAGAAAUUAACUUUGUACUUUCUGACUCUUAUACACAACAGAAUGAUGAACCAGAGUAAAUAUAUAUUUUGUUGUUGUUUGUUUUGGGUUUUUUUUCUAAAUACCUGCUUGGUUCUGUCUUUAUUUACUGUGGAAAAUAUGAAUAUUUCAACAUGUGUAUCAAUGUGGAGUCAGUGCAGUGAAGAAUGACACUGUGACAGUCAGCUAUGUGUAUAUGGACCGAAUAGACAGUGUUCAGUUUAUAUAAUACAUGUAAUAAUAAAACCGCCAGUGAAAUAUGAAUGUGUAUUUGAUAAUAUGAUGGGGAUCAUUUGUGAGUUUUGACUCAGUUUUCUAUUUUUGUCAUGUUUUUGGGGAUUUGUUGAAGAAACCUUAACUGGAAGUUAAUAUGAAUGAACUGAAAUAAUAUUGUGCUUCAGUGUGUCAGCUGUAAUGUGCAGUGUAUCAGUAUAAACAGACAGGAGGUUAGAAAAAGAAAAACCUCUACAGCUUGGGUUAAAGUCAUUUUCAUAAAUAGUGAUUUCUUGAAAUGCGGUGGAUCAAGUUGUUUAACUGUUGUAGAGAAACUACUGUGGGAAAAAACAACUACUUUUUACCUAAUUCAUAUUUAAAUUUGAUGUAAUGGCAAAUAUAAACCUCAUAUUAUAACAAUUAGUCAAAUAUGAACACAUUUUUUUGUAAACAUUAUUUUCUUGUAUUCCAUAUUUUAAUGUUAUUGGUUCAUUUACUGGUUUAACGUUAUAGUAGGUAACGGGAGGAGGGGUCUCACCUGAACUAUUUAGAGAUGAUGUUUCCUCUUUUCUUCAGUGUGAAUUUCUUGUUGUUUGUGCCAAAAAGAUCUUUUAUUAACUCAUGAAUAAAACGUUGUU